CGUGUCGUGUUUCUCGUUCACAGAGACAGAACUGCAUUGCUUUGAGGUGUCCGUAGCAGAAGUAUGUCAGCAUUUCCGGGUUCCUUCACUCAACCGGGGGAUGAAUCUGUCGUCUCUGUUCUACACGAUGACGGCGAUGGGGGCUACGGGGGAUCACAUGGGUUGGACUCCUUCACGAAUGAUUCUGGCUCGGUCAAGGAUUCUGCUAACGAUAUCUUCGAGUCGCAGCCGUCAAUCCAAAGUAACAAGGUGGAAUUUGAUGGAGAAUUCGGCGAAUCGGACGGCCCAACCUUGCCGCCUCCAUUUGAGAUGGAGCCCGAGGAAGGGUUUGCUAUCAGAGAAUGGAGGAGGCAGAAUGCAAUUGUCCUGGAGGAGAAGGAGAAGAGGGAAAAGGAGUUAUUAAGCCAAAUAAUUGAAGAAGCAGAGGAGUAUAAAGUUGAGUUUUAUAAAAAGAGGGAGAUAACCUGUGAAAACAACAAAAGCAGUAACAGGGAAAAGGAGAAGUUAUUUGUGGCCAACCUGGAGAAGUUCUAUGCUGAGGCUGAUAAGGAUUAUUGGAAAGCAAUUGCAGAUCUCAUUCCUAAGGAAGUACCGGCCAUAGAGAAGAAGAGAGGGAAAAAGGAUGAAGAGAAGAAACCGUCUAUUCUUGUGGUCCAAGGCCCCAAGCCUGGGAAACCAACUGACCUUACAAGGAUGCGGCAAUUACUCUUGAAACUGAAGCAGAACACACCUCCCCACCUGAAGCAUUCUCCACAACCAGUGGCAGAACCUGCAAAAGAUGCUAAAACCAGUACUGCUGCAGCAGCUGCCUCUCCUGUCACAACCACUUCAGAGGCUGUGGUUGCUGCUUAGUUUCAUUCUGAUUAUUUUAAGUCAAAUGAUUAUUUAUAAGACAGAAUUAAGACUAUCAUGUUGUCUAGCCAUAUAUUGUCAUCAUCGAAAUUGAAAAGGGUGCAUCUGAUUGUGUAUGCGGUUGUAAAAUACCAUUUCAUUUUUAGCAGGCUCAAUAUUAGUUUCC